UUUCAAAAACCCGUCCGAGAGACAGACAUGAUUUUUUUUCCAGUAGAAAACUUAUUUUUAAUCUGUUUCAAGGUGUACCACCUGUCCGAGGGUAAAACUAAGAACCCCCGGUUCUUCGACGAAGACCUCGACGACCACCAGCCCUUCCCCACGCUGCAGCAGCUCCUGGAGACCCUGGACCCCCACACCGGUUUCAACAUCGAGAUUAAGUGGACCAUGCGAUUGGAGGACGGCACCUACGAACUGUACAACCCGACCGAUCUCAACGUGUACCUGGACACCAUCCUGGAGGUGGUCCUGCGGUACGGCGGGGAAAGGAGGAUCAUCUUCUCCGGCUUCAACCCCGACAUCUGCCAGGUGAUACGGCUGAAGCAGAACAAGUACCCCGUCAUGUUCCUGACGGUGGGGGAGAGCAAGAUCUACGAUAAGUACAGCGACCCGAGGUGUUGGUCCAUUAAGUCUGCCGCUCAGUAUGCUGUGAUGAUAGAGAUGUUAGGGAUUAAUGUGCACACCGAGGACCUGCUCAGGGAGCCUUCUCUGGUAAAACUCGCCACCAACUUGGACCUGGUGAUAUUCUGCUGGGGCGACGAGAACGCCGACCCCGCCACCAUAAAGUUCCUUAAAUCGCUCGGCCUGCACGGCGUCAUCUACGACAAGAUCCACGAGUACUCCGGCAAGGAGGUCAAGGAGAGCAUCUUCCUGGUGGAGGCUAGGGAUUCGCAGAAGGAGCUGCUGAAGGUGGCGGCGGCGAACGCCGAGUCUCCCCAGAGCCCCCCGCCCCAGCCGGUGCUCAAGGAACGGGUGCUGGACUACGCCAAGGCUAAAGAUCAGAUCGGGGACGUCAUGUCGACCGCUACGUCCCUGCAGAGUCUGGAGAGCCGCAUGGUGGAUUACGAGACUUCGAGUGGGACCAGCUAGCUAAGGGAGAUGGAGGACUUGAGGAUAGGUUCGGAGCCGGAUUGAAUAGUACCUUCUUUUUUUUGUUUAUUAUCUGGCCAAAGUCAUAUUUUAUAUGUUAUUUUUAUUAUAUGCACCAGACUUGUUUUGUCGUUUUAAAUUUGUUGACGAGGGUUUUUAUUCGAGAGGUAUGAAAGUGUUGAGACGUACGAAAGUGUAGAAAGGCCAUACGGUUUCAUUUUUUUUCUUACAAAAUUUUGAAUUGAAUAUAAAGUUGAUAUUUCAAGCUUGACACAAACAUUUAUGUCUCAACUUCAAAUUUCCUACUUCUAACAGGAAAUUUUGUGUUUUAAACUUGAAAUAUCAAAU